AUGAAACUUGGAUAUAAUGAAAUAAUGAUAGUGUCAAAGUAUUUUGAAGAUAUUAAAGAUUUUAUUAAUUUAGAAAUGGGAGUUAAAAGAUUUAGAGGAAAUCUGGAACGAUUUCAUUUUAAUCCAAUUCCAUUGAAUGAAUACUCAAGAAAAUUGUUUCCUAAUAUUGAAACGUUUCAUAUUUAUAAUAAAGAAGAUAAAAUAUUUGAAGAUGGAAGAAUAAUUAAAUAUGUAAUAUGGUAUAAAGUGAAUUAUUCAAGAUAUUUAAAAGAGAAAAAAGAAAAGAAUGAAUGUAAAAAUAUCAAAUAUAUACAAGAAGAUAGAAUUAAAUAUGGAAAUACAAUACCAAUAGAAGUACAUUCAUUUGGAAAUGAAUGUUUUUAUGAAUGUUCAUCAUUAAAAUCAAUUAAUAUUCCAACGAGUGUAAUUGAAAUAGGAAAUUGGUGUUUUGAAGGAUGUUCAUCAUUAACAUCAAUUGAUAUACCAACAACAAUUACAUUAUUUAGAAUUGGAUGUUUUUAUCAUUGUGGAUGUGAAGAAGAAUUAAAGAAGAAUAAAACAAUACCAAAAUAUUGCUUUGAAAAAUAUCAAGGAUGA